GUGGGCCUGUUGAUCCAUAUCAGGGCGAGAAGAAGAGAGUGAGUGAAGAAGCAUUAUUUCCACUUGACUUGGGUGUCUCCGCCUUUCUCUUCUCAAAUCAAAUCAAUGAGCAUGGCUUCUCUCCCCAAUUCCCCCGCUCUUUCAUUCUCCUCAUCUCUCUCCACCACCGCCAAUCUCCUCCCAUGUCGCCGCUUCACCGCAUUCCCCCGCCGCCGCGCCUCUUCAUUCUCCGUGCAAGCUAAGAUCCGCGAAAUCUUCAUGCCCGCACUCAGCUCCACCAUGACCGAGGGCAAAAUCGUCUCCUGGAUCAAAUCCGAGGGCGACAUGCUCUCCAAGGGCGACAGCGUUGUCGUCGUCGAAUCCGACAAGGCCGACAUGGACGUCGAGACCUUCUACGAUGGCAUCCUCGCUGCCAUCGUCGUCGCCGACGGCGAAACUGCCCCCGUCGGAGCCCCCAUCGGUUUGCUCGCCGAUUCUCCCGAAGAAGUCGCCGAAGCCAAAGCCAAAGCCGCCAAAUCCGUUCCCUCUGGCUCUCCCGCCCCCGCCUCUCCCUCCGACCCUUCUCCGGCGACUCCUCCGCCACCUCCUCCGCCGGCCAAGUCUGUUUCCGAAGGUCCGGCGAAGAUCGUGGCCACGCCUCAGGCUAAGAAGCUCGCAAAGCAGCACAAGGUCGACAUUUCAACGGUCGCCGGGACCGGUCCGUUCGGUAGGAUUACUCCGGCGGACGUGGAGGCCGCCGCCGGAAUCUCGCCGUCAAAGAGAAAUGUGGCUCCGGCGGCGAGUCCUGCUCCGGCGACUCCAGCUCCUCCAUCGAAAGCUGCUUCUGGUUCUGCUGCACCGGCUCCGAUUCCGGGUUCUAGUGUUGUUCCCUUCACUACUAUGCAAUCUGCGGUGGCGAAGAACAUGAUGGAGAGUCUAUCUGUGCCUACGUUCAGGGUGGGGUACCCUGUGACUACUGAUGCGUUGGAUGCCCUGUAUGAGAAGGUGAAACCAAAGGGUGUGACAAUGACGGCUAUUUUGGCUAAGGCUGCUGCAAUGGCACUUGUUCAGCACCCGGUUGUCAAUGCCACCUGCAAAGACGGCAAGAAUUUCGUGUAUAACGGUAACAUCAAUGUUGCUGUUGCUGUGGCAAUUAAUGGUGGUUUGAUCACCCCUGUUCUUCAGGAUGCGGAUAAGUUGGACUUGUAUCUAUUGUCCCAAAAAUGGAAGGAGCUAGUGGAAAAAGCUCGUGCAAAGCAGUUGCAACCUCAUGAGUAUAAUUCAGGAACUUUCACGCUUUCCAAUUUGGGUAUGUUUGGAGUUGACAGGUUUGAUGCCAUACUUCCACCAGGCCAGGGUGCUAUCAUGGCUGUUGGCGCAUCAAAGCCUACUGUUCUGGCUGAUAAAGAUGGAUUCUUCAGCGUGAAGAAUAAAAUGCUGGUGAAUGUAACAGCUGAUCAUCGAAUUAUUUAUGGGGCUGACUUGGCCGCUUUCCUCCAGACAUUCUCGAAAAUCAUUGAAAACCCAGAAAGCCUGACAUUGUAGUCAUUCUGUACUUCCAACAUAAAAUUAUCUCCACCACUGGAUCACGACUCCAUAAUGUUUGUUUAGAAGCUAUUUGACUCAAUGCCGAACAUUUUGUGAUUUUUUUCCCUCAACUUUCAUUGUUUUAUCUUUUAGGAGCUAUCCUGAGGACCAAUGAUAGAUUUUUUGACAGGGAGAAACAGCUUUAAAAUUGUUUACAGUGAGGGAUGUUCUAAACGGCAAUUAUUUUGAGAAUCUACAUGUAAGCAAUAAGCGGUUUUAACUUUUAAAUGUUGGAUUUUUCAGUAAAAAAUUACUUUUUACUCCUUGA